UCUGUGGUUUAACAGCCAGUCAGAGAGACAGAGUCAGAGACACAGAGAGACAGAGGGACGGAGACGCCGCGCAGUGAGUAUUACUCUACUCUCUUCAGCCGUAAUCCCUCAGUCUGAACUCAGGGAUUACUCUGGUGACUGCAGGACCCCUUCAGGCUUUUAAAGUACAUUGCUAAGAGGAGUAUUUGUUAAGAAAGAUGUACUUUUAGGCACCCAUGGGGGAACGCACCCAUGGGUAACUGAAUGACAUCGCCUUCAACAAAGAGUCCGAUCACAUGACCAUGGCUGACAUCAUGACAGCGUUCACCUCCGAGGCCCCGCCCUCGACCACUGACGAGGACUACGAUGACAGCCACCUGCUCUGUGACCUGUCGGGGGUCCGGUCCUUCAGGAGUCGCUUCGAGCCCCCGCUCUUCUGGCUGAUGGCACUGCUGGGCGGCACCGGGAACCUGGCGGUGGUCUGGAUCUACUUGAACGUGCGUCGGCGGCUGAAGACCAUGACGGACGUGUACCUGCUGAACCUGGCGCUGUCCGACCUGCUGUUCCUGGUCACGCUGCCGCUGUGGGCGACCGAGGCUGCGAGCGGCCGCUGGAGCUUCGGCCCCGUCCUCUGCAAGAUAAUCUCCGCCCUCUACAAGGUGAACCUGUUCAGCGGGAUGCUGCUGCUCACGUGCAUCAGCGUGGACCGCUACGUGGCCAUCGUGCAGACCACCAGGGCGCAGAACUCGCAGGCAGAGCGCCGGCGCUGCACCCGGCUGGCGUGCUGGGCCGUGUGGUUGAUCGCACUGCUGCUCGCCGUGCCCGAGCUGGUGUUUGCUACUGAGGACUCGGAGCAGCGCUGCAGGAUGGUGUUCCCGCUACAGCUGGACAACCGCAUCAAGGUGGUGGUUCUGGCGCUGCAGGUGAGUGUCGGGUUCUUCCUGCCCUUCUCCGUCAUGGCCUUCUGCUACAGCUGCAUCGCUGCCACGCUGCUCCGGACCCGCAGCUUCCAGAAGCACCGGGCCAUGCGUGUCAUCCUGGCCGUGGUGCUGGUGUUCGUGGUGUCGCAGCUGCCACACAACGCCGUUUUGGUGACGGAGGCGGUGCAAGCCUCCAACAUGACCAUGACGGACUGCGGUGCGCUACAGCGCUUCAAGACGGCGGAGCAGGUCCUGAAGUCUCUGGCCUACCUGCAUGCCGGACUCAACCCCUUCCUCUACGCCUUUGUCGGCGAGCGCUUCCGCCGAGACCUGCAGCAGCUGCUGCGCUGCUGCAGCUGCUGCGCUAAGCCCACUGGGCCGCCAAGCAAGUCCUGCAGGAGUUCCACCCGGGCCUCCGUCAUGUCCGACAGCGACACCUCGCAGGCGCUGUCGCUGUGAAAAACACACUUCCUGUUGAAUUGGAAUAAAGAACGUAGAAUGCAUCAUCUCUGCUUCCAGGACUCUCCUGCCCUCGGUCAUGUGAUCGGUUAUCGGCUGCUGAUCUGGUCAUGUGAUCGGUUAUCUGCUGCAGAUCUGGUCAUGUGAUCGGUUAUCUGCUGCUAAUCUGGUCAUGUGAUCUGUGUGUUUGCCUCAGAUGUUGACCGUGUUGCAUCAUCCUGUUUGAACAGGAAGUGCAUCACAGAGAGGAAGUGAGCACGAGUCGGAGCAUCUGACUUUGCUGCUGCAUCCAUGUGAAGGAACUCAAUGAUGCUAACAGAUGCUAACUGAUGUUUUCUGUAGUUUUGGGAUGUUUUUAGGGUGUGUAUGUAACCGUGUUGCGUCACACUGCUUUAUACUUGGUAAAAAAUAAAGUGUGUGUUCAGUGUG